GCCGCUCAGUCCGGUCCCGGUGUCUGAAGCGGGUCCGGUACCUUGCCGUUACAGAGCUUAAAGAUGGAAUGCGGAUCCAUUCUGGAACCGAAGCGGCCCGAGACCCGGGUCCGGACCAUCUGAGCGGCUGUGCGGAGAAGGGAUGGAGGAGCAGCGCGGUCCCGGCCGACGCUCAACCGCUGACAGACGCUGCUAACCGGUUGCUAACGGUGCGAUGAGCAUGGAGGGAAGCGGCACGAUCCGCAGCCGCAUCAAGAACCUGCUGCACCGCUCCCCGUCCAUCCGGCUGAGGAGGAGCGGCGCCGCGCGGCAGCGGAGCGACCCGCGCGACAAGGUGACCUUGGAGAAGGUUCUGGGUAUCACGGCUCCAGGGAACCGGGCACUAGCCUGUGACCCCCGAACAGGACUAUUGGCAUAUCCUGCAGGCUGUGUCGUCGUGCUGCUGAAUCCUCGGAAGAACAAACAGCAUCACAUCUUCAACAGCUCCAGGAAGGCCAUCACCACACUGGCUUUUUCUCCCGAUGGGAAAUAUGUGGUCACAGGAGAGAGCGGUCACAUGCCGGCGGUGCGGCUGUGGGACGUGUCCGAAUGUCUGCAGGUGUCGGAGCUGCAGGAACAUAAAUACGGCAUAGCCUGCGUGGCGUUUUCCCCCAACGGGAAGUACAUCGUGAGCGUGGGCUACCAGCACGACAUGGUGGUCAACGUGUGGAACUGGAAGAAAAACGUGGUGGUGGCAGCCAAUAAGGUGUCCAGCAAGGUCACCGCCGUGUCCUUCUCGGACGACAGCUCCUACUUCGUUACCGCCGGCAACCGACAUGUCAAGUUCUGGUACCUGGACCAUGCCAAGACCUCCAAGGUCAACGCCACGGUGCCGCUGCUGGGGCGCUCGGGGCUGCUGGGAGAGCUCAGGAACAACUUCUUCAGCGACGUGGCGUGUGGGCGGGGCCGGCAGGCUGCCUCCACCUUCUGCAUCACCUCCUCCGGCCUGCUGUGCGAGUUCAACGACCGGCGACUCCUCGACAAGUGGGUGGAGCUGCGGACGGCUCAGGCGACCUGCCUCUCAGUGUCCGAGGAGCUGAUCUUCUGCGGCUGCUCUGAUGGAACCGUUCGAGUCUUCAGUCCCGUGAACCUGCACUUCCUGUGUACUUUACCCCGUCCGCACUGUCUGGGAGCCGACAUCAGCAAUAUGGUGGAUGCCAGUCAGCUGUUCUCCUUCAGGCCGGAGUCUCGUUACCCAGACACGGUAGCGGUGAGCUACGACGGGACGAAUCGCUGGCUGUCGUGCGUCUAUAACGACCACAGUGUGUAUGUGUGGGACGUCCGUGACCUCCGCGACUCCCGCGACCUCCGCCGGGCGGGAAAGCUCUACUCGGCUCUGUAUCACUCGUCCUGCGUGUGGAGUCUGGAGGUGUACCCAGCGGGGGGAGCAGCAGGGGGUGAGGCCCGUCUGCCUCCCGGAGCCUUCCUGUCCUGCUCCUCAGACAACACCAUCCGACUGUGGAACAUCGACGGACACAACGUCCUCCACAAGAACAUCCUGAGCCAAGACCUGCAGAAGGUCAUCUACGUGGAGGACAACCUGAGCAGCCUCCUGGACACAGACAGCGUGGCGGUCAGCUCAGAGAAGGCGGGGCUGUCGGGGGCGGAGGGCCAGCAGGUGGAGCAGACCCGGGUGGGCAUCCGGACCCUGCGGGUCAGUCCCGAUGGACAGCACCUGGCCUCGGGAGACCGCAUGGGGGUGCUCAGGAUCCACGAUCUGAGCAGCAUGGAGGAGAUCCUGAACGUUCAGGCUCACGACUCUGAGAUCCUCUGCCUUGAGUUUUCUAAACCAGACACAGGUCUGCAGUUAUUGGCCACGGCCAGCAGGGACCGUCUGAUCCACGUUCUGGACGCGGGGCAGGACUACAGUCUGGUUCAGACUCUGGAUGAACACUCGUCCUCCAUCACCGCCGUCAGAUUCGCAGCCAAUGAGGGGAAGGUGAGGAUGAUCAGCUGCGGCGCCGACAAGAGCGUCUACUUUCGCACAGCGCAGCAGACCGAGGAGGGUCUGGAGUUCAGGAGGACUCAUCACGCCGUGAGGAAGACCACUCUGUACGACAUGGACGUGGAGCCCACCAGGAAGUACGCAGCGGUGGGCUGUCAGGACCGCACCAUCAGGAUCUUUAACAUCAGUAACGGGAAACAGAAGAAGGUGUAUAAAGGUUCCCAGGGUGAGGACGGGACUCUCAUUAAGGUGCAGAUCGACCCUUCCGGUCUCUACAUCGCCACUUCCUGCUCCGACAAGAACAUCAGCAUCUUCGACUUCUACUCCGGAGAGUGCGUGGCCUCCAUGUUCGGGCACUCAGAAAUCGUCACAGGUUUGAAGUUCAGCAGCGACUGCAGACAUCUGAUCACCGUGUCAGGAGACAGCUGCAUCUUUGUGUGGCGUCUGAAUCCAGAGUUGACCAUCAAGAUGAAGCAGCGCCUUGCUGAACUUCGACCGCCCGCCGGCGCUGCCAACUCCCAGAAUGCACCACUGCAGAGAACUGUGAAGCUGAGUAAUUCGUCUCCUCGUGUCGUCGCCAUGUCGUCCGACAGCGACAAGGAUGAAGAGGAGGAGGAGGAUGAGGAAGAGGAGGAGCUCCAGUCUCCUUUUAUGGUCACAGCAGGACCGGUUCUGGAGGAGACAGACGACUCGAACCAGACGAACGCCACCGAUGGAACAAAGGGGGCGCCGGCGGGCCGACUCCCUCGCCGCCGCUGGUCCCGGAGGACGGCCGGCGCCGACAGUGUUCUGGUGGUGAAGUCCAUGCUGGACCUGAGGCUGCUGGACUCGUACCGGCCCGACGGGGAGGAGGAGCAGGAGGAGGCGCAGCAGGAGGCGCAGCAGGAGGGAAAGACACACCCCCAGGAUGUUGGCAACGCCCACUGCCAUCCGAGGGGGAGGAGUCACGGUGUGGAGGCGGGGCUUCACAGGACCAAUCAACAGCUGGGGAGUACAAUCAGUCUGCAGGUCACUACUGCAUGGGUGGAGGAUGAGGCGAGGACCAAUCCCAGGCCUGACUUCAUCCUGCUGGCCAAUCAGAGCCCCGACAGGGAAGUUCCAGUGCUGUACCCCGAUCACUGGGAGGACAGAGUGAGCCUGGCUGGCAGUGAGUUUCAGGUGAAGGAGGCGAGUCCAGUGGCUGCUGAUGGACGGCAGGACAAACCCAGUCCAGACAGCGGCUGCUCUCUGGGAUUCAGCUCCAGACUGUCCAGUCCAGACAGACGUGCAGGAGACGACUGGGAGCAAACGGAGCCUCUGGAUGGGAACUCCGAGGAGGAGGACGAAGACGGAGGACAAGGAGGUGCAGCGCUCGGCACCUCCCACCCCGUCCCUCAGACCCCGGACCAGGAGGCCUUCCUCAAGGAGAACUUUGUCACACUGGCAGAGCUCUCGCCUUCAGGAAGUCCAAGCAGAGCGUCACACAGCUCCACUGAGAGCCUGAGCAUCUCCUCCAGGUUCCUCUCCAAGAACACCAGUCGGACCGUGUUGCCGCUCCCCUCCCGGACCUGUGGGGGCGGCGCCGGGGAGGUGAAGACCCACCCUCUGGUCUCUGAAGUCCGACCUCUGACUCAAGAGAGGAGGGUUUCCUGGAAGCAGGACCAGAACCAGAACCAGGAACAGACCCCCUCACAACAGCACCAAGCACAGGCUUCACAGAACCAGGACCAACAAGACCCAGACCAGAGCCUGGACCUGAACCAGAGCUCUGUGGAGGGUUCCUCUGAGACCCAGCUGGCCCAGCAGCCCCCGCCGCUGAAGAAAAAGGUUCAGACCGCGGCGGACUCCAGAAGGAACCCGGGCCCUGUCGCCCGGGCUGUCGCCUCGCACCUCAGCUCCUCCUCUGGCCUCCGAAAGACUCAGUCAGUCCAGAGUCUGCUGAGCGAAUCAGGUGACCCUUCAGUCUUCCAGUCAACCCCUCGUCCGUCUCGAGAGGUGUCCCCUCAGCUCCUCCCCCCUCAGCGCCCCACCACUCUGCCCUCCUCCCCCAGACGCCCCCCGUCCUCAGCCCCGCCCCCCCAGAGACAGACCCCCGCCUCCCCGCAGCAGGAAGUGGCUCCAGGAGCAGCAUCGAGGAAGUCUUCAUCCUUGUCCUCCACGCCGUGUCGCUCCUACAUGAGUCCCACCGCCAGCUCCAUGGCCAAGAUGUCGCGCUCCGUCUCCAUGGGCGACGGCCUCAACGAAGCGGCUGAUGACUCUGCCGCGGCGCCGCUGUCCUCGGGGGGGAAUUCAGCCUCUCAGGUCAAAGAGACGUCCUCUCCCGUUGUUGCCGUGGUGCCCUCCAUUUCAGCUCUGGCCACGCCCCCUCACGCCGCCGUGGUCCCCGUCCUGGCUUCCUCGUCGUCGUCAUCGCUGGGUAACCAUGGUAACCAAGCAGCCCCUCCCCCACGCAGUCUCCAGGCUCGCGUCCCUGGCAGCAGCCGGCCGCUCCCCGACAAACCCUCGCUGGCUUCCUUCUCACCUUCCUCAAAGUCGGCCGCCACACCUUCGUCUUCCUCGGUGCCAGGCCGGCCUCCCCCGGUCUCCAUCUCCCCCUUACCUCCCCCCCAGCAGGAGGGGGAGGAGCCUCCGAGUCCCGCAGGAGGUCCUGAGGAGACAGACGAAGCAGACGAGCCAAUCAGCGUGGAGAACUGCCGCGCGCUGGCCAAUGAGCUGCAGAGCUGCUUCAGGAGAGCCGCGCACCUGUACAGGAAGGUCAGCGGCGCCUCCCUGGACGACUCCGCUCCCGACCAGCGGCAGAUGUCUCUCCUCCUGUCAGAGGCCUUCCUGGCCAUGAGGGCGGAGCUGGACUCGCUGCCGCUCAGCACGCCGAGCAUGCUGGGAGAGGAGGGGGGAGGACUGGGAGGAGUGGGGGAGGUGAAGACCGCGGCGCUGCUGGAGGAGUACAGCCUCCUGCUACUGCAGGCCGUGCACCGCCGCAUCAACACCUCCUCCUCCUGAUCUCCUGCUCCUCCUCCCCUCCACACACUACAGAGACUGAACUGAGAAACGCACACUUUUCCUCCUGCUGCUCCUCCUCACUCCCCAUAUUCAACUUGAAGCAGCUAAGAAAGAUUUUUAUUCACGGUUUUUACUUCCUGAGAACUUUUUUAUAUCAGUUGUAGAGGAUUUUUCAAAUUCAUGUUUCUAAAUCUUCGUCUGUGAAACCUGUUGAGCUCUCAGAGGGUGGAGCCUAAUGACUGAAUUCACAGUGGGCGGAGCCUGACAGGGUCAGUCACACUGAACACACAACAUACACAACACACACACCCUGAAAGAUCCUGGAUUCAAACAGGUCUUUUUUUAAUGAGGUGAGGGUGCAAACCACUCCACAGUCACUUUCAUAAGAACACAUGACACUUAUGUCACAAUAUCUACAGUAUUCAAAGACUUUUAUUUCCAUUUUCAUCUGUGAUUAACAAAUGUUUUCAGACCCCAAAAAUGGUUCCAAAUUAUUUUUCUGCCCCAAGUUUGAAAUUUUAACGUGAAACUGAUGAGGUUAGAAAUGAAAGUUAGAAAUAUUCACAUAACGAUUCAGAUUAAAGCUUCACGAUGAAUCUUCAUAUCAAACUCAAACUUCCACUUAAAGCUGUGACACUGAAAAGGUUUAAUACGGUUUAAAAGACACAACUGAGGACGAAGCAGAGGGUGACAGGUCGGGAAGUCACAACAGCAAUGAGUACAUUUGUUUACGUUCAGCUAACAUUAGCAUUCGUAUUUAGCUAGCUAAUGGCUAAAUGUGAUCCACUCUAACAAUGUACGAUGUUUUUAUUUAUUAGAGAAAAGAAUUCUAUAAAUUCACAGAAAAAAACAAAGCUUCUUUUAGCACUCAGUUUAUUUAAGUUUGACGUUUUAAUUUUUUUUUUCUUGGUCGUCGCUGUUUGCUUCAGUACAUUCCUCCUCUUCCUCAGUGACGAAGGAUCUGAAGCCAUUUUGUUUUUUAACUCCUCGUCUUCUCGAGGCAUUUCAUCGGAUGUGUUUUUUUUUUUAAAAGACUUUUCCUCUGUGACUGAAUCGCUCCGCUUGUUUUCCGAUGUCAUUCCGACAUUCUCACCGCGAGAAUCUGAUUUACUUACCUGUGUAAAAGUGCUGAGUCGUGGUUUGGGGAGACGUUUGUGCUGCUAGCAUGCUGUCUUCACUGUACAUGCUGAAAUGGCUGGUACAGUUGUGGUAACACAGGUCAAAAGUCACUCUGGAUGUUUUUGUCACGUUUAAUAAAGUUUUUUUUUUUUCUCUUUAC